AUGUCCUCCUCAAUUGUUUGGGUAAAUUACAAGAAUCUCCAAAUCUGUGACAUUCAUGAAAAACAACGCCCCCUUGUCAAGGACUAUAUCCUGAAGAACUUCCUCUCCAAUGAAUUACAUCAAAUUUUAGGCUAUCAUGAAAAUAUCGAAUUCCAGGAGGAUCUUCAAAGAAUUCUGCAACAUCUAUUAGAAAAUGAUAGCAGCAUUAUGGUAUGGGAUAGCGAAAAUGAUGAAAUUCGGGGCGUUGCCUUGAUGAAAUGCAUGCUGGAGAAAUGGUAUUCUUGGACAGCCUUAAAAGUUUUGAUACGGAAUUCCAAUUUGGAGGAACUCAUUGAUUUGUCACGCAAUAGCCUGAAGAAUAUGGCCUCGGAAAUCAGGGAGCAAUUGGAUUCUUUGCACAUAUUUUAUUAUUUUUUUGAAUCGGAUUUGUGUGAAGAUUUUUGUUUCGUUGCGAAAUUUUUCCAAGCUAUUUCCCUGGUGGGCCAACACAUGCAAAUGCCCAGGAUAACUUAUAUGGCUUUGGGGAGAAGGGAAGGAGAACUGUUUGAGGAAAAUGGUUUCCAGGAGAUGCAGCGCCUACUCUACUCCAUGUAUGUCUAUAGGGGAAGAAGGCCCUUUGAUCAUUUGCGGGAUUUAAAUGAAAUGUAUGGCUGUCUCUAUGAAAAGAAAUUGGAGAACCUAAAACCAUUUCGGGAGCUGGAAAUAAGGCAUGGCGAGGAUAAGGAAAAGGAGGGGAGUGAAAAAUAA